AUGUGCCAACAUCAUCAAAUGAUACACUCAAUGAUGCAUUCAUCAUCGUCGGGAAUGGACCAUAUGAUGCAAAAUUCCAAACCAAUGAUGAUGGAUAUGGGUGGUAACUCUACUCAUCACAUGUUAAUGUAUUUCUCACCACAAUCAUUCGAACCAUUUGUUAAAUAUAUUCUUUUUCAAAAUUGGAAUGCGGAUAAUGAAUGGAAAUAUGCCCUCUCAGUAAUUGGAAUCUUUUUAAUUGCCUUCUUUAAUCAAUUUAUUUUCUUUGCUCUCCAUGUUCAAGUCGACCGAAAGAAGAGAAGAAUUUUGCACUAUGUAAUUUCAUAUAUUUGUAAACCACUCGGAUUCUUUUUGGAAAUGUCUAUAGGGUAUCUACUCAUGUUAGUUUCAAUGACCUAUAAUUUUGGACUCUUUAUGGCAAUUGUGAUGGGCAACUUUGUUGGCUAUAUCAUCUUUAACAUGAUUUGUACAAGCAUGUUGGAAGGACAUUAUCAUCAAGAUCAAGUUGAAGAAGAGGAAAAGGAAGAGGAAGUUGAGCAUGAAUGUUGUAAGAAGAGAAAGGAAUAUGAAAAGAUCAAUGAUACUGAUGUGAAACGUUAUGAUGGAUUUACAUCAACUUCUAUGAAUAUUCAACGUAAUAAUUUUGAUGAUUUUGUAGAAGGUGCUAGUCCUUCUGUUAGACAUCUUCACGAUGAAUAUUAA